CGCUUCUGCUGCAACAAGCGCGCCGAGAAGCUCAACCAGAGCCUGUGCCGCAACUACAAGAGCCCCGAGUGGGCCCACCCCACCACCGCCAGUGGCGCGCUGCCCGCCGACGGCAGCAACGGCGCCGACGGGGACGCCAACAAGUACGACCCGGACAAGGACAGCACCAACGCCACCGUCUACAUCUCGUGUGGGGCCAUCGCCUUCGUGCUCAUCGCCGGCGUCUUCGCCAAGGUGGCCUACGACAAGGCGCGGCGCCCGCCCCGGGAGAUGAACAUACACAGGGCUCUGGCUGACAUCUUAAGGCAGCAGGGACCAAUCCCAAUUGCACACUGUGAAAGAGAGACUAUCUCGGCCAUAGAUACCUCCCCCAAAGAAAACACCCCAGUCAGGACAUCUUCCAAAAACCAUUACACCCCUGUGCGCACCUCCAAAAGUAACCCAGGUCACUAUGGAAAGGAUAUUUAUCGAAGUGGAGGGCCAGAUCUCCAUAAUUUCAUCUCCUCCGGGUUUGUCACAUUAGGAAGAGGACACACGAAGGAUGACCAAGAACAAAAUUAUAAUCACCUGAUACUAAACAGUGCCACCCAGACACCUACACAUGACCAGCCACAAAUGAACAACAUCCUUACUUCUGCCACCGAACCCUAUGAUCUGUCCUUCUCCCGGUCCUUCCAGAACCUCUCUCAGCUCCCACCAUCCUAUGAGUCUGCCGUCAAGACAAACCCAAGUAAAUAUUCUUCUCUGAAGAGACUAACUGACAAAGAGGCUGAUGAAUACUACAUGAGGAGGAGACACCUGCCUGACCUGGCAGCCCGGGGCACGCUCCCUAUCAACGUCAUCAAAAUGUCUCAACAGACCAACCACAGGGACAGGCCUCGCCGUCCCAUCAGGGCCAUGUCCCAGGACAGAGUGCUGUCUCCUGAGAGGAUCAUGCCCGAGGAGUUUAGCAUGUCCUAUGAACGGAUCCUCUCAGAUGAGCAGCUUCUGUCCGCAGAGCGCCUCCACUCCCAAGACCCCCUGCUCUCCCCGGAGCGGUCGGGGUACCCCGAGCAGUCUAUGUCGCGGGCAUUGUCACACACAGACGUCUUUGUAUCAACACCCGUCUUGGAUCGCUACAGGAUGACAAAAAUGCACUCCCAUCCUAGUGCCUCAAAUAACUUGUACAAUACCUUAGGUAUGAACCCAACCUCCGCCAAGCGCCAAGCGUUUGCCUCCCGACGGCACAACACAGUAGAACAACUGCAUUAUAUUCCAGGACACCACCAUCACUACCGCACAGCGAGCAAAACAGAGGUGACUGUUUGA